AUGCCUUCCCUGCUUUCUGCUCUUCUGAGUCUCACUGUGUUUAAAACAGUAUACUGUUCAAUAUAUGCAUGGGAUAUGGUGGAAGUGCUACUUGCCAGUGAGCACACCAAGGAUUUUGCCUAUCAUAGUGCGUUAGACGAUUUUCAAGAGUUGUUUGAUGAAUUUGCCGAGACUCAUGGCCUUCACUAUAACAAGAGAAAUUUCCGCGAGCUGGAGACCUACUAUAAUGGCGUGCAAGUGGCAAAAUAUGGACUGCGAAACACCAACUGUGAAGAGUUCCGACAGUUCCUCAGCGGUAUAAAGGCGCAAAAGUACCACCUACAGUAUGCUUCGGUCAGUUGCGGUCCGAUGACGUUCUCUUUCUGCAUGGCAUUCUCGUGUGAUUUGUUCACUGGCACGACCACAGCUAGACCUAUGCCAUAUACAGCAAUGACUACGACUGCACCAGCACCAGAUGCUCCGUUCUGA